AUGAUGAAGAACCGCCUUGGCUGCUCUGCUCUGGUCCUUCUCACGGUGUUUGGCUGUGGUGGGGCUGCAGCGGUGCAGUGUCGGUGGGGAGAGGGCUGUAUCUGUCUCCAGUGCCCUCCUGGACAGCAGCCUUCCAAAGCGUGUGCAGAGAUCCAGUCUCCAGUUGAAGACGUGAGCUGCCGGGCAUGUCCAGCGGGGACCUUUUCCGACGCCCUGGACUCUGAGCUUUGCCAUCCACACCUGUCCUGUCACCUGAUUGGUCGAAGCGUUGGGGCCGUGGGCUCUGUGAGCUCAGAUGCACAGUGUGGAGACUGUUUGCCAGGGUUAUUCUCAACAGAAGCAUCCAAUCACAGUCCAUGUGUUGAAAAGCCCACGCAUCUGCGACCCGUGCGUACAGUCGCUAAGGCCGCCUUGACCGGCUCGGGAGGACCGGUCAACGGAACAGUGGUCCGCAGCGCUGAGGAGAAGACCGCAGAGUAUGCUGUUUUUGCAUUGGUGCCUAUUUUCUGCGUUAUGGGCCUCCUGGGCAUCCUGAUCUGCAAUAUUCUCAAGAAAAAGGGCUACAACUGCACGGCUGAAAAGGAAGGAGGGGACGCUGAAAUGGCCUCCCCACAGAAAGACGGAAACACUGGGCCCUAUAUCUCUGAUGAUAUUCUGAAUGAAGACACCAUCAGUGUGCUGGUGCGUCUCAUCACAGAGAAGAAAGAUGUUAAAGACAAGGCCCGCAUCCUUCCACCACCUGAAGAAGAUGUACCAAUGAAUUUUGGGAUUAUAAUUUGUGAAGUGGAGCAAGGUGUUCCAACAGCCACAAUGAGCAGUCUGAAUAACUUCACACUCGCAAAUACCUCCAGUAGAUAUUUAUGCGAAUUCCAAGAAGAUUUUAAGUACAUUCUCCUUCCUGUCAGCUACGCCCUGGUGUUUGUGGUGGGACUGGCUCUCAACGCCACUGCUCUGUACGUGAUCAUAUUUCGGACCAAGAGAUGGAAGCCCACCACCAUCUACAUGCUCAACCUGACCGUGUGCGACACUCUCUACAUAUUCACCCUCCCUUUCCUCGUCUACUACUACGCUGAAAAGAACGACUGGCCCUUCAGCGAACCCUUCUGCAAGAUCAUACGCUUCUUGUUCUACGCCAACUUAUACGGUUCCAUAUUGUUCCUGUGCUGCAUCAGCCUGCAUCGUUUCGUGGGCAUCUGCUACCCAGUGCGCUCUCUUAACUGGGUCAGUCCACGCAGGGCCAAGCUGGUGUCUGUAGCAGUUUGGGCUUGUGUUUUACUCUGCCAAGCCCCCAUCCUCUACUUCUCCAGAACCAGGUAA